AUGGCCUCUUCUUCUGCUUCAAGAAACUACAAAUUGUGCAAGGGCAUCAAUGGCCUCGACAAGGUCCUUAUUCACAAUGCUCGUGGAUGCUCCGCCGAGGUGUACUUAUACGGUGGCCAUGUGACUUCUUGGAAGAAUGAGCAUGGCCAGGAAUUGCUUUUUCUCAGUAGGAAGGCUAAAUUCGAGCCUCCAAUGGCAAUCCGCGGAGGGAUUGCAAUAAGCUUUCCUCAAUUUGCAAGCCAUGGCGAACUUGACCCGCAUGGAUUUGUUAGAAACCAGUUCUGGACCAUUGAUGAUUGCCCUCCCGAUCCUUCAACAAAUAAUUUGAAUAAAGACUUUGUUGAUUUGAUUUUUAAACCCACAGAAAACGACAUGGAGAUUUGGCCUCACAGUUUUGAAAUACGUCUUAGGGUAGCUCUGGGACCUGAAGGAGAUCUGAUGUUGACAUCUCGGAUUAGGAACUUAAACACUGAAUGGGAGCGGUUUUCAUUCACCUUUGCUUAUCAUGCAUAUUUCUGUGUGUCAGAUAUAAGUGAAGUUCGGGUAGAGGGAUUAGAGACAGAGCAUUAUAUUGACAACCUGAAGAAAAAGGAACGCUUUACUGAACAGGGGGAUGCUUUAACAUUUGAAUCAGAAGUUAACAAGAUUUAUCUCAACACUCCCACAAAGAUAGCAAUUAUUGAUCAUGCCAAAAAGAGAACAAUUGAAUUACGUAAAGAUGGUCUUCGUGAUGCUGCGGUAUUGAAUCCUUGGGAUAAGUCGGCAAAGGCUAUGACUGAUUUUGGUAAUAAUGAUUAUAAGCAUAUGCUUUGUGUAGACGCUGCUGCUUUUGAAAAGCCUAUCAAAUUAAGAGCUGGCGAAGAAUGGGAAGGAAGACUAGUACUUGCAGCUGUUCCUUCUAGUUAUUGUAGUGGGCGCGCGGCUUGA